UCGAGUGAAUGCUCUUCUCGUAAAAGGCUCCCGUACGGUGUUGUUGAAGACGUAAUCUACUUCAUUUUUUUGUUUCGAUUUCUUGCAAUAAUUACGUGCGUUUUGUUAGUCGAAUGCUUAAAGUUCUAAUCGGAUUCAAGUAGACGUCAUUCAAAAAGUAUAACAUUGAGCUCUCAAUAUCUGACAUGUCACAGGAUGCAUUUGAAGUUAGCCUUCCUCAUCAGUCACAAACCACAGUGACUGAGCUGAGCGAAUGCUCCAAUUCCGAAGGAUUUCGUAGAUUUAACAAAAUAACAAAUUUGCCCAACCUGAACACGAGCCAGCAGGAUGAAAACGCGCCUUCCUCUCGCUUCAAAACACCCCGACCUGAAACACCACCCUCUCUAAUUGUUAGUGGUCUGCUUGGAGCUAGCGAUCCAAUCUACGGCUACAAGCGUGAAAUUAGUCACAGAAUCUUCGUCAACCGAUCGAUGCAUCUGGAGAACAUUAAGUUCUAUGGCUUCGACAUGGAUUAUACAAUCGCUGAAUAUAAAUCGCCACAGUACGAGCAACUUGGUUUCGAUCUGGUUAAGGAAAGGCUGGUUAGCCUCGGUUAUCCGUCCGAGAUCCGUCAGUUUGCCUAUGAUCCUUCGUUUCCGGUGCGCGGCCUCUGGUUCGAUUCACUUUAUGGCAACUUACUGAAAGUGGACGCAUACGGUAACAUACUUGUGUGUGUACACGGUUUCGAGUUUCUCAAACAUCACCAGGUGUACGAGUUGUACCCGAAUAAGUUCUUACAACUUGACGAAAGCCGAGUUUACGUAUUGAACACAUUAUUCAACCUGCCAGAAACCUACUUGUUCGCCUGCUUAGUAGACUUUUUCACGCACUCACCUCAGUAUACUGAGCAAAUCGACCGGACUGGCGUUCAGUACGGCGAGCUUUUCAUGUCGUUCAAAUCAAUUUUCCAAGAUGUACGCGGGGCCGUUGACUGGAUCCACAUCUAUGGAGAUCUUAAGAAAAAAACACUUGAGCAUUUGGAUGAUUACGUCAAGAAGGACAAACGGUUACCAAUGGUGCUGUCCCGCAUCCGUGAAUCUGGAGCCAAGGUGUUUCUCCUCACCAAUAGCGACUACAACUUCACCGAUCGCAUCAUGACUUUUCUAUUUGACUUCCCUCAUGGUGCGAAACCGGACGAGCAUCAUCGUGACUGGAAGACUUACUUCGAUACAAUCGUGGUUGACGCCAGAAAACCUCUCUUUUUUGGCGAGGGAACGAUCCUGCGACAGGUGGACACCACUACCGGAGCGCUCAAGGUGGGCACCCAUAUGGGUCCACUACUUGCAAAUCAGGUGUAUUCUGGCGGAUCGUGCGACGUGUUCACCAAACUAAUUGGAGCUAAAGGCAAGGACGUACUCUAUAUCGGCGAUCACAUCUUCGGCGAUAUACUGAAAAGCAAGAAAAUCCGAGGGUGGCGCACAUUUUUAAUCGUGCCAGAGCUAGUACAGGAGCUGCACGUAUGGACGGACAAGUGUCAACUAUUUGCUGAGUUGCAGCAACUAGACGUGCAACUCGGCGACCUGUACAAGAAUCUUGAUUCUAGCGCCAAGGAAAAGCCAGACAUUCGUUCAGUGCGCUCCUCCAUCCGUGACGUCACGCACAAAAUGGACCUGGCAUACGGGAUGAUGGGAUCGUUGUUCCGAUCUGGAUCGCGCCAAACGUUUUUCUCUAGCCAAGUCGUGCGGUACGCGGAUCUAUACGCAGCCACCAUUCUCAACCUCAUGUACUAUCCUUUCUCGUAUAUGUUCCGCGCCCCUGCCAUGCUCCUGCCACACGAGUCAACCGUCGCGCAUGAGCAAAGCUCCGCGCUCGACCCACCCAUUAUCCAGCGUUCGCGUAAGGUUGAUGAGGGAGUUAAUGUGGGAGCGGUGGUGGAACUUCUUUCGCUACUGCCGGCUGCCGCAAGCUAUCAUGACGAGGACAAAUCAACGGACCCAAGCACGAUGCAACAACACAACAGGGAAGGAUUGGGGAGCAUGUCUGUACCACACACACGCCCCGCGACGCCGCGCUCUGUUACACACACGCACGACGAAGACUACUCCGACGAGGACAGUGAUGAUCAGAAAAAAACCACGGUUAUAACAAGUAGCGGAACCACCAGACGGGAUGGGAAACUUCACCGCGUAUGAAUAACUAACAGUUCACAGUAGUAUGAGUAAACUCCAACCAGCAACAACUUCAUAUACCGACCACAACAGCCAACUAAGAGUCAAAUGAAGCUCUGUGCUCAAAGUCUCUAUAAUAAUAUAACAACAACUGUUGAGAAGAACUCCAGCACGCCAUGGUCUGUACACUAUGAUAAGAAAACGGAAGCUCGGUCAUGUACAACCAAUCAGAACAGACACACUUUUCGUCUUUCGUAUUUCUUUGAGAGCGGUCAAUUAAAAGAGGAUUCAUAUCAAAUCCCAGAACUAUUUAUGCGAAUAACAAGCACUUGUAACGCUUCCAAAAAACUGAAUCUUAAAAUUAGGUGUUUGAAUUAAUUCUUUCAGUUUUUAUUCGACAUUUGUGGCCUAACUAUAACAACAAAACAUAUGAUUACUUUAAUGAUAUCUGUAUUUGUUUAAUGAUUUUUCUUGUUCUUCUUCUUAUCAGGUUGGCUAAAAAGAAAUCGACGUUUUUCACGAUACAUGCCUUUAAUGAUUGAUAUCUCGUGAAGUAUCGAUCGUACAGUUUCAAGUUUAGGCUCGUUUUAAAGCUGAUUUUUUACACUUAAAAGAAUGCUUUCAUUGUUUUUUGUUUGUUCUAUUCGUUUGUGAGUUACAGGGUGUUAACAAUGGAGGUUAACGCAGAGAAAAUUCGGUAUAUUUUACACUUUUUGUUCGAUAAAGAUGAAAAUUUAAGCUAGGCCGCUGAAAUUUCGCAUGGUGUUCAUGGUGCCGAUACUCUAACAGCUGGCUGGGUCAAAUUUUGGUUUCGUUGACACGUUUCAGUUAUUUUUGAUGUUAAAGCCUAGACAGACACGUCAUCGAAAAUGUCGAUAAAGUCACAGAAAUAAUCAAAGUAGAUCGGCAUUUUAGUAAUCAGAGCAUCGGCCAGGAGCUAAAGAUCAAUCAUCGAACAGCUUAAAGUCAUUGGCGCAAAGCUGGAUUCACAAAGAAGCUCGAUGUUUGGGCCCCACCCUAUUUACACCAAAAAACAUGAUGGCUCGACUUGCCAUCUUGCGAAGUUUUGGCCUAACGGAACAAAAUCGACCCAUUUCUUUAAAUGAUUGAUACUGGGGAUGAGGUAUGGCAUACAUACGACAAUACUGUGUAAAAAUAAUCGUGGUCUAAGGGUGGUAAAGCAGAUUAACCGGUGGCCAAACCAGGAAUAACGGCUAGGAAGGUUCUACGGAGUAUAUGGUGGGACUUAAAGGGAAAUGUUUAUCAUGAGCAGCUUCCGUGUGGCUUAAUACUAAAUUCAGAUUGCUACCGUUAAUUACUGUACCGUUCGAAGCUAGCAAUUGACGAGAAACGGCCAGAAUCGGCCAACAGAAAAGGGUUUUGUGUUCCAACAGGACAACGAAAUGUUACGCACGUCUUUGGUGGCUCGCCAGAAAGUCCAGGAGUUUGGUUGGAAAGUUUUAAUGCAUCCACCGUAUAGUCCAGACCUCGCACUAAGCGAUUGACACCUUUUUUGCGCAUUACAAAAUUUCCGGAGUGAUGAAAAACUGAGAUCAAAAACGGAUUAUGAAAAUGGAUUUCUCGAGUUUUUCGCCAAUAACGACUAAUCCUUUUACAAGAGAGACAUUAUAAGCCUAUCUUUGAAAAGACAACUAAUUUUCCAACAAAAUGGUGCAUAUUUGACGCAAAUCGGACCAUUGGAAACCUGUUAAAUAUAGUUCUGAACAUCACCCAAAAAACGUCGAUUUCUUUUUAGCCAACCUUAUAUUAUUGGACAACAACCGGUGAGCGGUCUUAGCCUGCACCAGAGACAAUGUUAAUCUCUGAUGCUUUCAGUAACGGUUAGUUUUUACGAGCGGGGUUGUUGGUCCCGCGCCAACCACCCAAUCACGCCAGUAUCGGGAAUGGAAACCAUGGCCGGUUGCGUAACAACCGGUCCCGGGAUUCGAACCCAGGCUGCGUUGUAGAACUGUACGAUGUGUGUUAAAAAAGUUCUGAUAAAUUUUCAUUUACUCGGGCUAUGUAUAUCCGAUUUUCGAUUUUUUUUGUGGCUUUAUGUUGCUACUCAUGUCAUCCACUUACGGUGACAAGUUCGGCCAUUUUGAUUAGUCAGUAAAUUUUUGACAGCUGUUUUGUUUGGACGUGUUUUGGCUCAUCUUCGAUUUUUGUCUACUCCAAAAGUAAAUGUUGUUUUGGCUAAAAAUUCGAAACCACGAUGUCUGAGCAGUAGCGCAAGAGCCAAUUUUUGUUUUCCCACAAACCCAGGCGUUUGUAGUGGAUUGCUUCGCGCAAAUUGCACAUAACUUUCAGGUAAUAUUCUUAAUUGACCGUUCUACCCUUUGGCACAAAUUCAUGAUGCACCACGCCCCUGCAAUCGAAGAAAACUGUCAACAAAACGUUCGGCUUGGCUCUUCGUCGUUCACAUCUUCUCGGCCCACUGAAAACAUUUUUAACCACCGAUAAGCGCUGCUUUUGGUUAUAAUAGCUUCUCCAUAAGCCACAGUCAACAUUUCGAUUGCGUCCGAGCUCUUAAUUUCGUUUUUCACACAAAAGUUGAUAAAGUUUGUCAUCCAUUUUUUGGAGCAGAGAAAAAUCGACGAUGAACCAAGACACGUGCACAGUAAAACAGCUGUCAAAAAUUGACUGAUUACUCAAAAUGGCCGAAUCAACAUAAGUGAGUCUGGGGGGCCACACGGUGCAUAACAGUAACGUAACAUAACAAAAUUUGACACUUAAACGAUAAGAAUGUGUCAAAAACUUUGUGGCUCAGCGGACCCUGUAAAACAUAACACGUAACAACGAGCGUUUGUUUACAAACGUAAGGAUAAUGUAAGUUCUUAUUUGUGAAGUUUUUUUUAAUUUUAACUAUGCAUUUUUAUUAUAUUGACACAUGCUUAUCGAUUAAGUGUCAAAUUUUGUUAUGUUACGUUACUGUUAUGCACCGUGUGGCCCCCCAGAGUGACAUGCGUAGAAACAUAACGCCAUAAAAAAAUCAAUCAUCGAAUAAAGCAUUUGCUUUAAAAACACAAAUUUCCGGUACUUAUUUGACGGAAUGUAUGAAACAUAUUACAUGCGUCUAACUUUUUGGUACUAAAGUAUAAAUGUUUGAUAUGACUUGUUACUUAUGAUGUAUAGAUUCACUUACCCAUGGUUCAUAUAAGUUUCACCUCGAGCAGAAAAGCCACUGCACUUCACAUCGUCCUUUCGAGUGAGCGGGCUGCCCUGCUUCUUGUUAAAGCGCAUCGCUGGGUUAACUAUCGGUUUAGUCACAUUUUUCGAAUCAUUUGGGUUGUUCGUCAUUGUGUCGACUUUCAUAAAUUCUUCAGAAUGCGUUGCUCUGAGAUUACUCUCGCUCGGCUCAAAUAUCCCAUUUUGAAUAUGCCACUCUGAUAUUUGCUUUACCAUGAAUCGAUCCAUUGUCACACAAGCAGUUGGCUCAUGGUACAGCAUUGCCUCCCUAUAGUUCAAUGGAUUGUCGUGCUUUUGUUUAUGCUGUUUAGGAUAGCGCCGUGAGAAAUGAGCGUCCAGAGUUUUGUUUUGCGUACGGGUUGCUAGAAUUUUCUUCAAUUUUAAUCUAGAAGUGCGAUGUGGAUUAUACGAUUUGGUGGCUAAAGAACUCACUUUAGAAUCAACAUCACUGUCAAUACUUUAGGUUAGUUUGUCACAGUUUAUGUCCAAGUGUGCCAGAAGCAUUUAAUGUAAAUAAAGAAAUUGCAAAACACAACAUAUUAGAAAAAAUACAAAUACAUCGUUGUUAAGAAGUGUUUUUCUUAGGAGAACGGACCGGGCCGUAUUUAUGGCGGUAAAGAUGUUACAUUAGAAAAAAUAUUCUAAUUAUGAGUCUAUAACAGCAAAUAUUUGUGUUACUAUAGCUAUGAGUUGUAUCUUCAGAUAGUAUUAGUGGAAUCGGUUUUUUCGUUAAAAGUAUAAUGGUUUUUGAGUUUAUUGUCAUCUGAAAAAUUAAAAACAAAAUUUUCAAUUAAGAAAUCGGCAAAUUUGAAAAACCUAUCACUGAAUAAUGAUACCUAAAUUUAUCGGAAAAUAUGGGUAACGAUUGUAAACCCGAUACUCAUCCGAGUUGGAUAAUGAAGUAUACAAAACUAUAAACAAAAUAAAAGAAUACAAAUAAACGUACCUUUGUU